AUGUGGGAGAAAAAACGAAUACCCUUGUUGGAGAUGCUGAUAGAUAUGAAGAAGAAGGGAGAAAUGACGGAUAAGGAAAUUUUGGAUGAUCUUAAGACUGCUUUGUUCGGGCAACGUGUACACGAAGAAAUGGACUCAAUAUUCUUUGACAGCGACAGGCAGUGUACUUUCGUGGACACUGUCAACAUGAAGUAUCUGGAGAGAGUUAUAUUGGAAACAUUGAGGCUUUUUCCCACAAUACCACUAAUUUCAAGGAAAAUUAAAAAGGACGUAAGGAUAGGUAAUCCCAUCCCAAUGAAUUUUAUAGCGUCACUAAUUAACACGCCUAUAUGUCAUAUACAUCGUGCAGAAAAAUAUUACCCGAAUCCACUAGUUUUUAAUCCAGAUAAUUUUCUACCGGAUAAAAUGCAACAGAGGAAUCCUUACGCUUACAUUCCCUUCAGCGCAGGCCCGAGGUCGUGCGUGGGACGAAAGUACGCAAUGCUGAAAAUGAAGAUUUUACUGUCCACGAUAUUAAGGAAAUAUCGUAUUACUUCUGACGUGGCAUAUCAAGAAUUUCCUUUGCUAGCAGAAAUUACCCUGAAAAGGGGCGACGGAUUCAACGUCAAGAUCGAGUCGCGUAAACCAGCAUCUCAGACAGGAGAUACUAUCUCCUCAUAG